CCCCCGUAGUUUGGGCCAUUAAUGGACCUGUGGGAUCGAUCGGGGGCGACGUGAGGCAGCUGCUCCCUCUUUCAUGGGGGGUGGAGAGCCAGCGCGAAGCCAGCUUGCGCCUGCUUGUGCUCUGCCUGGCUGGCAUGGAAAGAAGAGACAUGUGCCCUCCAUUCCGGGAUCGGCUUGGGCAUAACCGAGAGGUGGCAGUACCAAGAACCCUCCUGGUGACCUGGCGGCCUGGGAGCGUGAGCGCAAGAAGCUCCCCGCCGCCGCCUUGGACCGACCGACCCCCGUCCGCCCUCCCCUCUUCCACGAUUGAGGGCUGAAGGAUGCUGCUGACGCCCUGGGCUCGCUUCUGCGACGCCUCCCUGGAGGCUGAGUACCAGCAGGAGAAGCGGCAGCGCCUGGCGCAGGCAGACAUGCGCAGCGCCGUCGCCUUUGUGCUGCUGUGGGCUUACGACGUGUGGCGCUUCCUGGGCGCCACCCCGCUGGCGCUGCUGCAGGCCAGCGUGUGGAUGGCGGCGGUGGGGCUGAAGCCGGUGUACGUGAUGCUGGUGGCGGGCAAGGAGUUCUACCUGCAGUACAGGGCCUGGAUCAUCAGCUUCACCAAGGUCGUGUUUGCGGUGCACCCGCCCGGAGAGGGGCUGCACCUGGUGCAGAUGGCCAGGCGGGGCCAGGCGCUCGGCGGCGGCGCCGCCGCGCCGGGGCUUGUAGGCGUGCUGUGGGAGCUUGCCAACGGCCUGCGCCUGCCUUACAUGCUGGUCACCGGCCUGGGCUGGUGCGACUUUUUCUUUACCAUUCCAGUGCAGCUGGCGCUGGUGGGGCGCGCCAUCCGAGACAACCAGGCCCAGUGUGCCGCCCCUUUCUUCUGCAACCCACAGGUGCAGGCGCUGCUGAGGGGGCUGGCCGACCGGCUGGCCUCCCUGCUGUCCACCUCGCUCUCUGUGGGCGCCGGCAUCAAGGGGCAGCAGGCCACCUUCCCCGCCGGCCUGGACCCGUGCCGCGCGCUGGGCGCCUGGGCCGCCGUCUGCUUUGGCUUCCUGCUCACCACGCUGGCCCUGGCCACCAGCGAGCGCGCCGCCCGAGCCAGCUUUGCGCGCCGCCACGCCGCCCGCCUGACUGAGGGCGAGCGCGAGGUGUGGGGCCCCAGCAGCGGUGGCGGCGGCUGGGCCCCUUGGGCGCUCUUCUCCUACAUCUGCCUGCUCACCUGGCAGGCCGUGGUUGCUGCCUACGUGUGGGCUGAGGGCGAGGGCAUGGGGGGGUUGGACGGGUAUGCUGGCGGCGGCGGCGGCGCCAACGCCUCGGCCUCCUCCUGAGCGGCAUUGGCAUGUCAGUCUGGAAAGUUGCCAGCAGCAAUUCUGAAGCACUUCAUCUCGGAUAGCCACAAAAUCUGCACCUGCCUGUUUGUUCGCCCUGACCUUUGCAAUUGAGACCCUGCGUGUUGAAACCUGCUCCUGCGC